AUGGAUCUGCAUUGGAUGAGGGAGGCUCUGAUCAUGGCAGAUGAAGCCUUCGAUGCGCAGGAAGUGCCCAUUGGAAGCAUCUUUGUCAGAGAGGGGAAAGUGAUUGCGAGAGCUAGGAAUCGGACGAACGAGCUGAUGAAUGCCACCCGGCACGCCGAACUCGAGGCCAUCGACUACAUUCUCUCACUCUACCCGCCUUCUUCUCCUUCAUUUGCAACGCACCCUCAUCGCUCCCUCACCGACAAUCCGUUCAAAGAGACGACGCUAUACGUGACCGUAGAGCCUUGCAUCAUGUGUUCAAGUGCGCUCAGACAGGUCGGCAUCAAGCGAGUCGUCUUUGGAGCUGGCAAUGAGCGAUUUGGAGGAUGCGGAAGCGUAGUCGGCUGUCACAAGGACCCUGCACUGGUCAACUCACCGCCAUUCGUGGCCGUUGGAGGCUACUACCGCGAAGAAGCCAUCAUGCUAUUGAGGAAAUUCUACCUCACCGAGAACGUCAAUGCGCCGAAUCCUAAAUCGAAAGCCAAUCGGAUCCUCAAGACGAAGUUCCAACGUAAGUCCAGUGCAACAACUUGGCAUUGUCCCUUGCAAGAAUAA